AUGCCGGAAAACAAAACUGCCCGCCCAUCGGCGGCAACAGCCAAGUAAGUCUAUUCAAACACUGAUUGUCAGAGAUUACAAGUAAAUUUUUCCAGAAACAAUAACAAAAAAGAGAAUCCGCCGCCAGAAAAUUGUUUUUUUCUCGGAACGGUAGACUUGACGCUAGAAAAAUGGAUAAAGGACCCGACUGUGAGUUGAAUAUUCGGAAUAGUCAGUGUAAUGUAGAGAAUUCAUUUUAGAAAGACGCGGCGAAGACAUAUACGUACUUGCCGACGGAUCACAUCAUUGAUGGACGGGUGAGCGUUGAAAUUUGGAUUAUCCCGAUCAUUAAUUGUAUUUCAGUGCUUUUUCAAUCUUCUGUCUCUCCCACAGGCCAGGAAACAAGUCGAUCGAGCUCUCCGUCGCCAAAGGGAGGAGGCCAAGAGAGAUUCGUCUGUGACUCCCGCGACGCCCACAACUGUGCCACCGAAGCCCCUAGUUGUGGUAAGUGCCCAGUCUUUAUAACACUGUCUUUCUUAUAGGUUACCCAUUAUGGCUUGGCGUUCAGUUGCUGCAACUGUUCUCUAGAGAUUUUCUUUGUUUCAUGACUAGUUCUUGAUUUUAAUGUUCACAUUAUUACGCUGUUGAGAUCUAUUGUUGCUUUCAGGUGAAGCCACUCGAUGAGGACAUAUGCAUCCGUUUCGGACACAAUGGAAUGGAGUACAACGUAAGUUGUUCACAAAAAACCGAAGGAUUGUCUGUACUGUUCAACUUGAGGUCUCUAAAGUAGAAGUUUUCGAUUUGAAAGUGACGAAAGUUCGCUGUCACUGGCCCCUGUGGUGCAAGAAGAACAAUGUACCUCUUCCCGUUCCGAAAAAGGCACAUACGGCGAUAAUCUCAGCGGAAUCGUCUAGUGAUGUUGGUACAAGCGCAAGUGAAGCUCGAGAAGAAUCUCCGAUCGUCGUGGAAGGACCAGCGGAGGAGGCGUGCGCCAGCACUCAACAAUUGCAGAAGAAGAAAAAGAAGUCAAAGGAGAAGAUGGUCGCCAUAUCCGCGAAUGGAGCGGAGCAAGUAUGCCCUCCUGAAUCUUCUUCCGAACUGUCCACGCUUCGGCACCGUUCACCCUGCUCCCUAUCGAACGAUGGCUUUGCGACGCCAGCAGCACGGAAACAGACUCCGCCAGAUGAAGGAAUCCAUACGACGUCCGCUCCCUUUUCAUUUGACAAGCUUCUCGCGUCAAGAGAAGCGGAGAUUGUUUCUUUGAAGGCACAAUUAAAGGACACGGCAAAGUCAUUGGACGAAACGGUGGUUCGUCUGAACCGGUCCCAAGAAGACCUCCAAAGAUGCCGGCAAGAGCUAAGCCGUGAAAAGAGGAGAAAUGCUGAUCCGUUCAUGACGGCGACCGGGCAGCUCGCCAUGUUUCAGAAUCAAGGACCAUCAACCGGCGAGUCAUCCACACAAAACCUUUGAGUUGGCAAUUAUCUCCUCUACCUGUUUUCUUUCUGUUUCUGGAUAUACGUCACUAGUUUUCGCUCUUCUUUUUUUCCUUCUUUUUUCAUAACAUUUCAAUCUCCCUGUUCGAUCAUUUCCUUUCUACCGGAUCUAAACUAAACCACAUUUCUUCUCUCUUUUUAUUGGGAAAAGGCUUUAUCACAAUGAAUGUUUCACAAAUUCGAAUUGUUUCCUUCUGUUCUCACCACCAGUUUGUUUAUAUUGACAAUUGAUAUAUCUUUUCACAUUGUUUAUUCAAUUCAAUCACCAUGAAUGUCCCCUUUCUCGUUCAAUGUUUAUAUUUUCAGAGUCACUGAAAACACCCGAUUUCUUCAAAUGAUGUCUGCUGACGACGACAAUUUUAGGUAUCUGAUGAAGUGAGCAAUUUUGAAGAUCACGUCAAUUUUUCAGUCGAAACUAUUUCCUUGCCGCGAUUAGCGACAGAAAAACAUGGGAAAUUGAAGAAGUUAGUUAAAAAGCACAUUCAAGAAGGAAAUUCGCAAACAUCGCUUUUCCAGGGAUCGACUAAGGAGGUGGUCCACUACUCGCCGAGCUACCAUCAACUCAGCGAAACUGUCAGUGAAAAAACGUCUCAAGUAUUUCCGGCGUUUGCUUUUUCAGGAUUUUGAAGCUUUGCUCAACCUCGACGGUGUCAAGAAAGAGGUUCUGAAGAACCAGAAGCUUCGCCCCACGGUCGUCAGUCGUUUCAACCUUGACGCGAAACACGUCUCCGACCACAGAAUGUACGAAGGGUGUGUGCCGUAUGCAGUGGUCAGUCACUCCAACUUCAACUAUCCACAGUUGUAUUUUCUUGCAGGCUGAACAUUUUGUGAUUGCACUCGAAGAAACAAAGAAAAAGCAAGUGCACAUCGUAUGUUUGAGCGUCAUACAUACAGUUUGAGCUAAAUUUUCAUUUUCAGGUCAAAAAGAUCGAGAUCAUAGAUGUGGAGAGAAGGAAGAUCCUGGUGUAUUGGCCGUCGAUGGAGUUGUCGGAAAUGAGCACGCUCUCAGGGCCUGGAGGCCGCAGUCAGUUUAUCAGGAAUACUUGUAGAUUUUGAUGGAUUCUUGCAGAGGAACGUCCUGAUAAACUGAACAAAGGGAAACAAAGUGGGACGAGCCAGCCAGCAGAAGACGUCGAGGACGUGGAUGUAUGCGGCGACGAUUCACAGCGUGCUUCUCCCGAGCCGAGCACGUCGUCGCAAAGUAGCAGUUCAAGAACGACUCGGAAGAGAAAGAACUUCUUCAUGUACGUAGAGAAAGAGGAAGUUGUACCUGAUCCGUCCCGACCAAGAACUUCCGCGGAAUUGUUUGAAAAUGGAAGAAAGACCCGGAACUCGCAGAGACUUCACGGUCUCGAGGUUGAUGAUUCUUUUGAGCAAAUAUUGGGAAGCGUGCGCCUAGAACCAGAUGUCGUUCACCUAGAAAACGAAAGGAAAAAGCUGAAGAGAAAUGUGGAAACGGCGAAAGAAGGGCCGAUUGAUGAGCCGGCCGAUGCUAAGGAAGAAGGAACUAGUCAGUGCGUUUCUUCUGCGUCGACCACAAGUUCGAAAAGAGCAAGAUACUCGUCGCACAAUAAAGAAUCCGAAGAUUCAUGUAUACUGGAGGGAGAAAGUGAGCAGGACGAGGAAGAGGACGAUGAGCCGCCAAUCAAAAAGAAGAAGGUCAUUGUGACUGACGGCGACGACGAUCAUUAUCCGGAAGACGAAGAAGACGAAGAAGAAGAAGAAAAGGAAGAAGAGAAGGAAGAGGAAAAAGAGGAAGAGAAGGAAGAAGAAAACGAGGAAAAAGAAGACAACGUGGAGCCCCCACGUGAGCCGGUGCGAGCUCCUAAUUUGCUAGAACGUGUCGAGCAAAUCCAGGCAAGAUUGCCAACCGUACAAAUGUUGGAAGACUUGAUCAUUCGUGUUGUGUGAGUUGAUACACCUGCUUCUUCAUUAUAAAUGUUAGACAUUUCAGAAGCGGAGAAGACGUCUCGAAUGCCGACAUGAGACGAAUGUUCGGACUUUGA